AUCAUGCUUGUACUCACGUGACUUGGCUGACCUGGUGUCUCCGGGCUCCGAGCUCCUCGACAAGCUUCCCCGAGCUUGGUAGGCGUGUGAAGUCAUAGACCGUCAACCAUCCAUCGCUCAGCCGUUUACCUGCUAUCAUCAUCCCUAUAUCCGAACGUUCCUUCGAUUCUUGGGCGCUUGGAGAAUACUGUGAACUCUUCGUUGUCUCCGGUUCACCGUCUCGCCUGACAUCAUCAUGAACAGUGGCAGUGACCCCGAGAGGGACCAGGCGCUCGAGGACUACAAGAGAAGCCUGCUGGAGUUGCGGGAAUGGGAGGCCAAACUGAAGUCUCUGCGGAUGGGGAUCAAGGAUUUACAGAGAGAAUUCGACAUCUCUGAAGAGAACAUCAAGGCCCUGCAGAGCGUUGGUCAGAUCAUUGGGGAGGUGCUGAAACAGCUCGACGAGGAGAGAUUCAUUGUCAAGGCGUCCUCGGGACCUCGAUAUGUUGUCGGUUGCCGCUCCAAGGUCGAUAAGGCGAAGCUGAAGCAGGGUACCCGGGUUGCCCUGGAUAUGACUACAUUGACGAUUAUGCGGAUGCUGCCCAGAGAGGUCGAUCCGUUGGUAUACAAUAUGUCGCUGGAGGACCCGGGUCAGAUCAACUUUGCAGGCAUCGGUGGUCUAAAUGACCAAAUCCGUGAGCUACGCGAGGUGAUCGAAUUGCCGUUGAAGAACCCCGAACUGUUCCAACGAGUGGGUAUCAAGCCGCCCAAGGGUGUCUUGCUCUACGGUCCCCCAGGUACGGGUAAGACGCUCCUGGCACGAGCUGUCGCAAGUUCAAUGGAAACCAACUUCUUGAAAGUGGUGUCAUCUGCUAUUGUCGAUAAGUAUAUUGGUGAAUCCGCACGGCUGAUACGAGAGAUGUUCGGAUACGCCAAGGAGCACGAGCCCUGCAUCAUUUUCAUGGACGAAAUUGACGCCAUCGGAGGACGACGUUUCUCUGAGGGUACCUCCGCGGAUCGAGAAAUCCAACGAACAUUGAUGGAGCUGCUCAAUCAGCUGGACGGCUUUGAUUAUUUGGGCAAGACUAAGAUCAUCAUGGCCACGAAUCGGCCGGACACUCUAGACCCAGCUCUAUUGCGUGCUGGCCGUCUGGACCGGAAGAUCGAGAUCCCCUUGCCCAAUGAGGUUGGUCGUCUCGAGAUCCUGAAGAUCCACUCUAGCACUGUCAAGAUGGACGGGGAGAUCGAUUUCGAGAGCGUGGUGAAGAUGAGUGACGGCCUCAAUGGUGCCGAUCUUCGCAACGUUGUCACCGAAGCUGGUCUAUUUGCAAUCAAGGACUACCGCGAUGCGAUUAAUCAGGAUGAUUUCAACCGGGCUGUGCGGAAGGUGGCUGAGGCGAAGAAGCUGGAGGGCAAGCUUGAAUACCAGAAGUUGUAAAUGCAUUUCGAGGCAUGGUUUUACUUCGGACUUAGCCGUCAUGUUUUAGAAUCCUGUUUAAAUUCACUGACACGGUCC